CUCAAGUUGUAAGUCGCUUAUGGUGUUUUAAACAGUUUUUAUAUGAUACGUUUCUGUCACAGUAGUGACAUUGUGGAUUGUGUCGCUCGAAGCUGUAGUUGAAAGCCAUGGGAAGACUGGAUGGCAAAGUGAUCGUCUUGUCUGCAGCUGCCCAAGGGAUCGGAAGAGCAGCUGCUAUAGCUUUUGCCAGAGAGGGCGCUCAAGUCACAGCUACGGACAUCAAUGGCGAGAAACUCAAAGAAUUGGAUGGCAUUCCAGGGAUUAAGACCAAGGUUGUUGAUAUAACCAACAAGGACCAAGUGGAGGCACUGGCUCAGGAAUUCAACCACGUGGACGUGAUUUUUAAUGUGGCUGGGUUUGUCCACCAUGGUUCCAUCCUGGACUGUGAGGAGGCCGACUGGGACUUUAGCAUGAACGUCAACGUACGCAGCAUGUACCUAAUGAUUAAGGCCUUCCUGCCUAAGAUGCUGGCCUGCAAGUCUGGCAGUAUCAUAAAUAUGUCAUCUGUGGCAUCAAGUAUCAAAGGUGUUGUGAACAGAUGUGUCUACAGCACAUCUAAAGCUGCUGUGAUCGGCCUAACCAAGUCAGUGGCAGCAGACUUCCUUGAGCAAGGGAUCCGUUGCAAUUGCAUCUGUCCUGGUACUGUAGACACACCAUCAUUAAGAGGACGAAUCCAGGCCAGACCUGAUCCUGAGCAGGCUUAUAAGGACUUUAUCGCCCGCCAGAAGAUAGGCCGGAUGUGCACUGCCGAAGAGGUGGCUCACCUGUGUGUUUACCUGGCCUCAGACGAGUCUGCCUAUGUGACUGGCGCAAAAUACAUCAUCGAUGGAGGAUGGAGCCUCUAAACAUUUAGCACCUACUAUGAAAUGUAGUACCUUUCAGUAGCACAGCUUUAAUACAGUUUUAUCAUCAAAGUAAUUUUUGAUGCAUCCAAAUGUCUUGUGGCACCUUUUGAAAUUUUCUAUAAAUGAGUUAAAAUGUCUUUUUUGUCUUGCACCACCAAAGGAUCCAGUUUCAGAUUCCCAUGAUGAAGGCUGAUCUUAAAUAAAUUGUCCUUUUUUUUUAUGAUUAUCGCUGUACUUUAAAAAGGGAAAUUGAAAUGUGUUAGUGAUUUUGUAGAUUACUUAUUUCCUGCACCACACUUUUGAUUAAAUGAACCAUUGUGUGGAAUAAGGAAUAUUUAGCAAAUGGUGAAUUAACGUGUAAUAAACAUAUUGCCUUGAAA